AGUUGGCACGGUCACCCAGGGCUUCUCAGGACCCAGUCACGCAGUGACAGAUGGACAAUGCAAGAAUGAGCUCCUUCCUGGAAUACCCCAUCCUCAGCGGUGGCGACUCGGGGACCUGCUCUGCGCGAGCCUAUCCCUCCGACCAUGGAAUUACAACUUUCCAGUCGUGCGCGGUCAGUGCCAACAGCUGUGGCGGCGACGACCGCUUCCUAGUAGGCAGGGGGGUGCAGAUCAGCUCGCCCCACCACCACCACCACCACCAUCACCACUCCCAGCCGGCCACCUACCAGACUCCUGGCAACCUGGGGGUAUCCUACUCCCACUCGAGUUGUGGUCCAAGCUACGGCGCGCAGAACUUCGGCGCGCCCUACAGCCCUUACGCGUUAAAUCAGGAAGCAGAAGUAAGUGGUGGGUACCCCUCGUGCGCUCCCGCUGUUUACUCUGGAAACCUCUCAUCUCCCAUGGUCCAACAUCACCACCACCACCAGGGUUAUGCCGGGGGCGCGGUGGGAUCGCCUCAGUACAUUCACCACUCAUAUGGACAAGAGCAUCAGAACCUGGCCCUGGCCACGUAUAAUAACUCCUUGUCCCCUCUCCACGCCAGCCACCAAGAAGCCUGUCGCUCCCCUGCGUCAGAAACUUCUUCUCCAGCGCAGACCUUCGACUGGAUGAAAGUCAAAAGAAACCCGCCCAAAACAGGAAAAGUUGGAGAGUACGGCUACGUCGGUCAGCCCAAUGCGGUGCGCACCAACUUCACCACCAAGCAGCUCACGGAGCUGGAGAAGGAAUUCCACUUCAACAAGUACCUGACGCGCGCCCGCAGGGUGGAGAUCGCCGCGUCCUUGCAGCUCAAUGAGACCCAGGUGAAGAUCUGGUUCCAGAACCGUCGAAUGAAACAGAAGAAACGAGAAAAGGAGGGCCUCUUGCCCAUCUCUCCUGCCACCCCACCGGGAAGCGAGGAGAAGGCCGAAGAAUCCUCCGAGAAGUCCAGCUCCUCGCCCUGCGUUCCUUCCCCGGGGUCUUCUACCUCAGACACGCUGACUACCUCCCACUGAGGCCGGCUCAGCCCCGGGGCUCCGCAGCCUAAGGCGAUACUCCUCAGGCUGGGACUUCUUACCCAAAGCACAUUCUUAGCUUAUCUUCCUUUCCCCUUGCAAUCUCUGUCUUUCUGAUCCUAUCUGGAGAGCUCCUAGGCAGGAUGACAUCUUUCCAGAGAAUUCUGGACUAGGUGUUUGAUUGGGGUGGGGUGGGAAGGAGAGCUGUUAACUCCUUAAUGAAGACUGGGUGCCAGCGCUGAUUUUCUGAUGACCCCCCUACUCUCAGGAGAUUUCCGCAGAACCUACUGUUCCUGUCAGAUGCCCUUUGGAAAAUAGUCUCCUCUGCCAGCAGAAACAUGUCAAAGGGAAGCCUCGCGUCUUUUAUCUAUCUGUAAAUUUGCAACUCUCCCCUACUUGGCCCUCCAAGUAGGGUGGAGAGAAAGGAGAGUGGUCAGGAGCUCAUGAAGAAGAGAUGCACUAUGAACGUGUUUACACCUUUAUUUCGCCUUUAAUUUAAUUCAGUUUCGUGUGUGAGUUUGCUGGUUGUAAAUACUUUGUCCUGAGAGAUUUAUCUUUAUACAGAUUUUCUAGAAAUGUUUGGAUUUAGUGACUGAAACAGGGUGGGCAAACUCUCAAAGCUGGUACAGUUUUAUAUGACUACAGGUUAAAAAAAAAUCAGAACCCUCAUUGAAACUGAAUAGGAUGCCUCGGAGGGUAGCUUCAAUUUGUUCUUUUAUCGAGUUAAGAAGGCCUGCAGACCACAAGGUUCAGAAAACCUUGCUUCCUGUGCUUGUCUCUUCCCAUCCCCACCCCUUUCUUGUUUCUCUGGCUGCACUCUGUUUAAACUUUGCCCUGGAUUACUCGGAACCUAAAGGUAUUAUUCAGACCAGCUUCUUCCUUCCAGAGUUAUCUUAGCUGGAUGUGAUGUAUUCUCAGCUCAAUUGUUAAUGUGAUGGAUGGCACAAUGAAUGUAUAUUUUGUGUGAUUCGUGAAUCGUCUUUUGCAUGUCGCACAAUGUUUUUGAUGUCCCCGAAGUAGCACACUGAGUUCUAUCAGUUAUCCUUUGUGAGCCUAUGAUAGCCCCCACCUCCUGUACAAUCAUGAACAGCUCUGGGAUCCUGGAGUGCUGUGAUCCAGAGCAGAGUUUACGGGUCUUAAGAUGUCUGUAAUAAAUAUAUUCAAGUUUCAGAUAUGCUUAAAGAUCCA